AUGUUUGUUCAGGAGUCCAGCUACCAAUAUGAAGACGACUCCUCCAACAAGAGAAGAAAAAGAGGCUCCAUAUUCUUCAGGAAGAAGAAGGACAAGACCAAGAAGAGCUCUCACCAGUUCGUGUCAGUGUGUUACAGCAACUCAGCGACGUGUGACGUGUGUAGCAAACCCAUGACCAACAAGCCUGCCCUCCGUUGUGAGACGUGUCAGGUGUGUGUGCACGAGAACUCCUGCAAGGACCAGAUCUCAGACUGUUCCAAGCUGAAGAACCCCAAGCACAUCCAGUUGGCUGCGGGACUCACGACGCUGGUCAUCCAGAAGCCCGGCGGUACCGCUGGUCUGACCAGCACCACCAAGAGUGCCAGUCUCGGGUCAUACGCGGUCACAGGCACUGGCGUGACCUCUGGAGCCUCGUCCAAGUCACAGCAAGCAGUGGUGGCCAGGUCAAGAUCGUCAGCGGCACACUCCUCCUCCCCAACACGACCCACCAGCGUCGCCUCUCCAAGUGGCUGCGUGUCAUGGCCCGCACGGCCCGCUAAUCCACCGGCCCGCCCCAACAGUGGCUGCGUGUCCAGCCCCGUCCGUAGACUGUCCGGCUUCUCCCAGUGGAAGCGAGUGGCUACCAAGUUGGGAGUCAAUAAGGUACAGAGUGAGGAGAAAGAAGCAGACGUCUUGCCUCACGAUGUUGCUGAUGCCAAUAUUCUGGAGGUCAACUCUGCUUCUAUGGAAUCUUUGGAUGAAGGUGGAACUGAAGAGCCAAGCUUAGAUGACAUAGAUGCUGAUCCAGAGUUGAGAUUGUUAGACAAGGAACCUGAACUCUGGGUUCAUACAGUUGAGAAGGAUAUUAUAGAAAAGCUGACAGAGAAACAAGUGAAAAAGCAAGAGCACAUCUAUGAACUUAUAAUAACUGAAAAACACCACUGUCGUAUGCUCAAAGUUAUGCAGAAAGUAUUUGCAGAAGGAAUGUCUCGUGAGCUUAAUAUGCAAGAAUCCAGAAUUAAAAAAAUUUUCCCUUGUCUGGAUGAGCUUAUCACAAUACAUUGCUCAUUUCUUUGGCGAUUGCGACAAAGACAGAGAGGCAGCAAGUAUAUUGAAACUAUUGGUGACCUUUUAAUCGACCAAUUUAUAGGCGACAAUGCCCAGGGGCUCAAAGAUGCUUAUGGACAGUUUUGCUCGCAACACCAAGAUGCUGUUUCUUAUUAUAAAGACAUGCUCAAAACUGACCGAAGAUUUCAAGGUUUCAUCAGACAAAAAUCUUCUCAUCCACUUAUGAAGAAGAAGGGUAUUCCAGAAUGCAUAUUGUUUGUAACCCACAGAGUAACCAAAUACCCAUUAAUGCUUGAAGCAUUAAUGAAGUAUAGUAAAGAUCAAGAAGAGGAAUUAGUCACAUUAAAAAAGGCACUAGACUAUGUAAAGGAAAUACUUGUAAAUAUUAAUGCUCAAGUAGCUGAGAAGGAAAGGGAACAAAGAUUAUUAGAAAUCUAUCAUAAAAUUGAUGCAAAGUCUUCUGCAAUAUACAAGGAGCAGAAAUUCAAGAAAUCUGAUUUCUUCUCCAGAAGUAGAAAGCUCAAGUUUGAAGGCUCAGCCAUGUUGAGCCAACAGAAAGGAAAACCAAUAAUGGUACAAGUAGUGGUCCUAUCAGACUUAGUGUUCUUUCUUUUGGAAAAUAAUCAGAAAUACUCAUUCUUCUCUCCUGACACUAAGCAAGCUGGUGUAAUCCCCCUAGGAAAAUUGAUAGUUCGGGAAAAAGCUGGUGAAGGGUCACGGGUUAUCUACCUCAUCUACUCCAAAAAUUCUGCAGAAAUGUUUGAAUUUGAGUGUGCUCAUCCAAAGGACAAGAAAAUAUGGCUCGAAUCUAUAAGAGAAGCUAUUGAGAAUUGCCCAGACGAAGAUGAUGUGGGUGACAACUCUGGUGAAUGUUCAAAGUUGCAGGAGGCUAACAAUGAAAAAAUCAAGGAAUUAAUUGGCAUCCUACAGCACAAGGAUAAGGAGCUUGCAAGAGUAUGUGAAGACAAAAUUAAUCUGGUGACAGAACUUCUGGAACUCUUAGGACAUGAUGAGCUCCCACCCACUACACAAUAUCGAGCAUUACUUGAUGAGAACCAACUAGAUUAUAAUGCUGCUCGGGAUCUCCAGAUAAACUCACUCAUUGAAGCACUGAGAUUAGUAACUGGUGCUUGUGGUUGGGGUACAAAUCUUGCUCGUUCAGUCAGUUCUGUUGGAGAACACCAAAGUGAAGCCUACGUGUCCCCAAGUUUACCUAAAAGAGCAGAAACCUUUGGAGGCUUUGAUAAUCCAAACAAAGAUGCGUCAGGGCAUACUGCAAAACAAUCAGGUGGCAAAAAGAAGAAAGACAGCCGUAUGUCUCUAACAUCAGCUGGCACUGCUGAGAGUGAUGUUAUAGAGAGCCUCAAGAACCGCCGCCCCUCUGGCACUACACUGGCAGUUCGUACUUCACAAGAUAAUCUGAGUAUUGUCUCUUCAUUGUCAGGUGACUCAGUUACCCAGCAGCAACAGCAGGACAUGGCAGCCAAACUCAUAAAUUGGCUACAAAUCUCCCUGGUACUGAGCCAACAUCAUCUAACACAAUAUGAUAUAUUGAGAUCAAAAUUAGUAGUUGGUGGUACAUCAGUAGAUGGUCGUUUUCGGCAUUCUCAAAAAUUAGAGGAACUUCGUAACAUCCAAGAGCAAAUAAGUCAUGAACGAGCGCAGUGGACAAAAGAAAGAGAUGCUCAAGAAAAAUGGAUUUCUGAAAAGAAAAUAGAAAUUCAAAGGAAACAGGAGCAGUUACGUUGUGAACAAGAAGAUAUCCAACAGCAACGUGAAACUUUAUAUCGGAAGCUAGAGGCCCUGAAAGCCCAGGGUAUCAUCCUUAGUCCCACUCUAACUGUGCUUAACACUACUCCGCCUACUCACAUUAUCCAUGAUGAGCACCACACAGGUAGGAGUGUGAGUGCAGAUGUUGGCCAGAUGACUCAGGGAUCUCCACAUAGUUCACCAACAAGUACGGCAGCCCCAGUGCGCCCACGUACUGACCAUAAACACCGUAAUUCCACGGCUUCCCUUGGAAACCUUAUCAAGCGUGAUUCCAAUCAGUCUUUACCUACACACCUCAUUUCAGCUGCCAAUCAGCAGAAAGCUGCUAUAUCAGUUAAGCAACAACUGCCUAUGAAAUUAGCUAAGCUUGGAAGCAGUAGUAGCUCAGGCUCUUCAUCAAGUAGCACAGGGGGAGCAUCCUCCCCAAAUCAAGAUCAUCGGCCUCAUAUAAAUCCAGCAGCUAUUGGUGGAGUACAACAAAUGCUACCCCUAAAACUGAGUCAAGGGCCUGGAGAAAGUAAAGGAUCUCGCAUGACUAUAGGAUACCAGCGCCUAGCAUCUCCUCCACCUUCACUUCAGGAGCCUUCUCUUGGUCAUUCCCACCAGCGCACAGGUUCAUCCCCAGCAACAUUACAGAAUGGGUCUCCAGCCACUAGCCCUGGGGGAGUCCCACCCACUGCCACCACCGCCCAGGGUGCCCGUGCCACCCGCACUAACACUUACCCUAAGCUGCCCAGCAAACCUACUGUGCCCACCACACGUGCCAACACCACACCAGAGGCAUUGACACAAGAAGGGUCUGGCAUGGGUUCUAGCACACGCCCUGGCCAGCGAAUUAAAGACCCUGACACUGACCAGGAUAUCAUAUUCUUCUAAGAGCUUCUCUCUAGUUAUCUUUUCUAGGGAUCAUAUAGUUUCAGGAGUAUGACGAUUCAGCUAUUUUUUUUAGCAGCAGAAUUGUUAUACCUCUGUCAGCCGUGAUUAGCGUCUGUCCCUGUGAUUAAAGCAUUCCUUCCUUUAUACACACCACCACCAUUUACAUGACCCUUAGUGUUUACAUUAUUAUCAUUACUAAGUGUAUGCCGUGAGUCUGGGACUUGUACAUAAAACACGUAUACACCCACACACUGUCUUCCGGCUACUGGUACACAGCACUAGUGGGAGUUCGUACUUUCGUGUGAUAGGUGUAUCCUAACUUGUCCUUUGGCAGACGCUGCUUAGCACAUAAUAAUGUGCAAGGUCGAUGGUUCAGCAGUCCUAUUAAGCUAUGAUAGCUACUUUUAUAUAAAAGAAUGAAAGGGAGAUAAAUGGUGUAGAAAGUUCAUUGUGUAUGACUCGAAUGGUUAUUUUUUACAUACGUGUGAAACACUUGACUGGUUGCACAUUCCUGUGGCCUUUACUGCCCCCUCUUUUCCCUCUCACCCCCAAGCGUAGGGAAGGGAGCAGCCUCAAGGGGAGAGAGGCUGCUCGGCUUUCAAAAUGCAUUCUUGUGCGAGCUGCCUUGAGUGGUGUAAGUACAGUUAAGCGGUACAGAUUUGUUUAUUUAACUGGCUUUUUUUUUAUAUAAAACUUUAUAGUGUGUGUUAUUAGUUUUUUAUUUUAAAUAAAUAUAUUAAUGUAAAAAUGUAGCCAGGAUGACAGUGUGUACAUUCCAAAUAAUAAUGAUUUCUAUGUUGUAAUUGCUGUAUGUUAGCCCAGAGGGAAUAUAGGGUAUCGUAAUAUCUAACAUGUAUCUAGAAUUCAUUGUUUUCCUAAAGCUCAAUGUGUAUCAGCCAAAACUUCCAGGCAAAACUGGCAAACAAUAAAUAGGUUGGAAAUUAUGUAUAGCCAGUGUAAUGCUAUGUUAGGAUGGGGGUAAAUGUGUUGUGCUGAAUGUUUAGGUCAGUGUACAGUGUAAUUAAUUAUGACCAGCACAAACAACAUUCCUAGGGGUCAUUUUUUUGUGCAUUUGAUAGGAUCUAACUUUAAUAAUAUGUACAGAUAUUUCUGCAGUGAAGUGUGAGAACAUGAUUUGUAUUACUUAUUGCUUCAUCUCUGUUGAUAUGAUCCUUGGCAAAGGAACUGUGUUGAGAGUUACUAUUCAGUCCAUAAUUGUGACAUCGUCAGCAGAAUUGAGCUUUUUGCAACUUAAUUUGAAUAUUUAGUAAAGUCAUAAUUUAGUGUCCUCAACAUUCCUGAAAUCAGGGCUGUUAAAGCUUGAGAAGCUAAAUUUUGCUGAUAUGUUACAUUACAGUACCUCGGCCUCACCUGAUGGAAGCAAGAAAAAUCAAGGUUGCUGUUACCUUCCUCUUUGUUACUUUUAUAAGAGAGUUCUGCCACAACACACUACUCAUUAGACUACUUUUACUUACAACUGGAUCAGCAAUGGGCAUUGGAUGAAUUACAUAUGGUUCAAUUUUUUUUAUUCACAAUACAGAAAAUGAACCAUGUUAAAUAUGUCCAAUACUCAGGUUUCCAUCUCAUGUUCAUAUUUGGUCUUCCAUAAUACUGCUAAAUCUGCUUCAUAAGGCAGUCUGUGGCCACAUUUAGAAAGUAGAUUACGUCAUGAUUCUCAUGUGUUACAUGGCAUUUUUGCUUUUGUUAAAACUAAUUUCACACCAUUUCUCAUUGGAUGGGGAGUUACUCCUAGAUGAGAAAUAAUGUAGCUAGUCUGAAGCCCAGAGUAGCAGAGUGACUACCUCUGUAAUUCUUUGGUCAUACAAUUUUUAAGUUUAGUUUUAUUCUUCAUUUUAUAUAGUUAAUUGCACAGUAAUUAAUGAUAUUUCAGUUUAGUUAAUUACCUUUAUUUUAAAAGGAUUAAUCAACCUCCUUGAAAUCUUCUGCAUACUUUGAGUACCAUUUUUUCACAAGAGCAGUCAAACUAAUGUUAUCUAGCUACCUACCAAAUGAAUGAUAUGGCAACUCUCUCAACACUUCAAACAAGUAAGGGUUCAGCUUCCCAGUUUAAAAAAAAAGCCACACAGAACAUUCCAUUAUUUACUGAAGUUGUUUCAGAAAUGUCACACUAAAAUUGACCAUUGUUCUGUCCACUAGAAUAGCAUCCUGUGUUCCGGGGGAAAAUAUUAUUUUUAAUCUAUUUAUUCUAUCUCCAUAGCAGAUGCCCAGCCCUUUAUGUAAACUAAAGUUACAGUUUUCCUGCUUAAAUCUUCUGGCAUAGAUGAUGUCAGUUUUAUAGUCCUCAAGAACUUUCUUUGGUGCUUGAAUAGUAUACAGGAAAGCAGUGCAACUUUGUCAUAAAGGGGACUGCCUGGAACCAGUCAGCACGAGUUAAAAUCUAGUGUGCCAUUUUUGACGUCAGUUUCAUCAUAACUAGUAAAGCCUGGAGUCAGUUUGGCAGCAUGUGAUAUUAUACCAGUGGACAAGACUAAGUAAUGAGAUCUAAGAGGUUGAUCUGAUAUGAAGCUUUUGCUCUUAAACAAAAGCAUUUUAAUACAUUAUUUUGUGAAUAGAAGUCCAAGGAAUAAACUGUUUAUCAUGUUA